AUGAAUUCGCCAAGAAAUCAAGCUUCUUCAACACUUGCGCACAGCGUCUGUUCGUUAUUAAAAUCGGCGGAGAAAAACGUAUUUUCGCUUUCACAAACUCAGAGUAAAACUGAAAUAAAAAGCAACGAUGAAUUCAAGAACGAAACGAGUGCAUCGCCUAGUAUUCUGUCAUUAGAUAAAGAAGAAAAAGAGAAACGAAUGGGCAAUAAAAUUAUAAAAACUAAAAAGAAACGUGCCGAUUUGACUGAACUUCCUGAUCAGCAAAUUGAAUUUCUUGUUUCAACAACGAAAUUUUCUGCUCAGCAAAUUCGCGAAUGGCAUCAAAGUUUUAUUCGUGAGCAUCCAUCAGGUAAACUUAAUCGAAAGCAAUUCGUUGACGUUUAUCAACAAUUCUACCCUCAAGGAAAAGCCGAUGCAUUCUGUGAAUUAGCAUUCAAAGUAUGUGAUCACGAUAAAAAUGGUCGGUAUUUCUUGAGAAUAGGUCAAUCAAAUGAUAAUGCAUGUUUACUUUUAGGUUUCGUUGAUUUUCAGGAAUUUGUUUCGACUAUUUCAAUGACAAUGAGUGGUAACAUCGAAGAUCGUCUGAAUCUUGCGUUUGAUAUGUAUGAUAUCAAUGAAGACGGUUUACUUGAUAAAAAAGAGAUGAGACAAAUUAUAAAAUUGAUUUACAAAAUGAAUGGACACAAAUGUAUGAAACAAGAUUCACCUUCAGGACAGAUUGUUCGUACAAUAAUGGAUAGAUUCGAUACAGAUGACGAUCGGAAACUUACACGUGAUGAAUUUGUUCAAGAAUGUUUGAAUAAUUCCGAUUUACGAAAGUUCCUUACGCCUUGA